AUGUUGUUUGAUGUUGGAGUCAAGGACUCCGGCAUCGGCUAUUUGUUCAGAGGGAGGCUCUCUAUAUUCUUGUCUACUAACUUGAGGGAGACUAUUGAUGAAGUUAAGGAAAUGGGGUUCGACCCUUCCAAGAUAAAGAAUGCAGCCACAGCAAGAGAGGCUUGGAGUAUACUGGUGAGACGCCAUGCCGGAGGAGAUAAAAUAAGAAAAGUGAAGUUACAAACGUUAAGGAGGCAGUAUGAGCAUCUGCAAAUGGAUGAAGGAGAAAAGGUGAGCGAGUACUUCAACAAAGUGCUGACAACUUCAAAUCAAAUGAAAAGAUGCAGUGAAACGAUUAUUGAUCUCAUGGUAAUAGAGAAGAUAAUGAGAUCGUUGCCCCAGAAGUUUGAUCACAUUGUGGUGGCAAUCGAGGAAUCAAGGGAUCUUGAAAGGUUAAAAAUAGAAGAACUCCAAAGUGCUUUGGAGGCUCACGAGAUGAGAAUGAGUGAGAGGAAUUAUGUCCAGAUUGAUGAGCAGGCUCUAAAAGUUCACCAUAUCAAGAAUGAUGAGAAAAAGAAUCUCAAGAAGUGGAAAGAAAAGAAGAACAAAUUUGAGAAGGGUUGGAAAAAGAAAGAUAAACGAAACAUUGAAUGCUUCAACUGCCACAAACUCGGGCACUUUGCAUACGAAUGUUUCUCAGAAAAGGCAAACAGAAGAAAAGAUUUCAAGGUAAAGAAGCUCACCUUGCGCAAGAAGAAUCAAACUCAGAGCCAUUGA